GAGACGAUAUGAUACUAGUAGUUGCAGUGACACGUACACACUAGCUCCAAACCACAAACGAAAACAGGUCGAGGAAGAAAGGAUAGAAUCAAUCAAAAACCCUUUCCGCUCGCGACACCACGUCGUUGGAGAAGAGAAGAGGACUAUGCUUCUCAUUCAACCUCCUCUGGUUUCAUCCCGUUUUCAUUCCCUCUAUUUCAUCACUCGUCCCCACCACUCUUUCUUCCAACCGCCCAUUUCAGCCUUCUCUGCAACCGCCCCUUGUUCGCGAUCAUCAUCAUCUUCUACUCUGUUAUUCUCAAAACCUCAACGCAAAUCAAAUUUGUUUCGUUUCCAAAUCGCCGUCAAAUACAAACAAUCUGAUUCGGGUCCUUGUCAGAUAUGUAAAAAUUCAAUUGACCAAAUCGCGAUUCAGAUCAGGAAAACGUUAGAUUCUCUGAAGAAACCCGCAAUAGCCGCGGUUUUGCUUGGGCUGCUUUUGUUUUAUGAUCCUUAUUCGGCCUUGGCUGCGUCCGGUGGCAGAAUCGGCGGUAACUCCUUCUCAUCAAGAAGUUCUUCUUCCUCUUCGAGAACAUUGGAUCCGAGUACGAGGUACUCGGCUCCAUCAAGAAGUUCUUCUUCGUCUUCGAGAACAUUGGAUCCGAGUACGAGGUACUCGGCUCCGUACUAUGGGCCGUCUCCGUUCAGUGGAGGUCUCUAUGUUGGCCCUGCGGUUGGAUUUGGAUUCGGUGGGUUUUCGAGCUUCUCUCUGAUUCUGGUUGGUUUUGCAGCCUUUAUUGUGGUUUCUGGAUUCCUCUCAGACCGUUCACAGGGUUCCACUUUAACCGAUACUCAGAAAACUAGCGUCAUUAAACUACAGGUGGGCUUGCUGGGUUUGGGGAGGACACUACAGCAAGAUUUCAAUCGUCUUGCUGAAAAUGCUGAUACAUCCACAUCCGAGGGUCUCACCUAUGUUUUAACCGAGGCAACAUUAGCUUUGCUGAGGCACCCGGACUAUUGCAUCUCUUGUUAUUCAUCAGUUGAUGUGAGACGGAGUAUAGAAGAUGGAGAGAAACGAUUUAAUCAGCUCUCUAUUGAAGAACGGGGGAAAUUCGAUGAGGAGACGCUUGUUAACGUGAACAGCAUAAAGAGACAAAGCUCAAAGAUUCGGACAGCUAGCGGUUUCAGCAAUGAAUAUAUUGUGGUAACCAUCUUGGUAGCUGCAGAGGGCAUUCAUAAACUGCAGCCUAUAAAUGGAACUGCGGAUCUAAAGGAAGCCUUACAAAAAAUUGGGUCGAUACCUAGAAACAAAAUCAUGGCAGUUGAAGUACUGUGGACACCGCAGAAUGAGAAGGACACUUUGUCAGAAAGGGAGCUACUUGAAGAUUACCCACUCUUGAGGCCUUUGUAAAUUUGACUCUCAUAAACGAACCCUCUGUACUUGGUAUGGAUUUGGAGAAUUUAUCUUACAUAUGUACUUGCCACCUUGUAAGAUUCGUCUGCUCAAAUUAAUUAUAUUAAUAAAAAUUAAUAUUGAUUUUAACUA